CCCGGAGCGGGGCCGCGCUCGCCCCCUGCGGCCCCGGAGGCCCCGGCGGAAGCGGCGCAGGGCGCACAUGGCGCUGUACAGCGCGGCGGCCGCGGUGCUGGCGGGGCUGGAGCGCGGCGAGGGCGGCCUCAAGAGCCUCGUGUACAACAGCGGCUUCCCGCAUGUCCGGCAGCUGUACGCGCUGGUGUCCGAGACCCUCCGCUACGCCUCCGUGCUGGAGAAGCUGCUGGAUAGAGCCGCGCUGCUGCAGGCCGAGAAGAAGCUGGGGCCGCAGCUGGCGAAGGUCUUGGUGUAUGACCUGCUCUUCGGCAAGGGGCUGAAGUGCGGGGGCCGGUGGAAGGCCCUGGCCCGGCGGCACCGGGCACGGCUGGAGGCCGAGCUGGCCCGCAUGAAGGUGCGGCGCAAGGUGAGCCGCAACGAGGACCUGCUGGCCCCGGAGAAGUCAGUAAGCGCCGCAGCCUCCCAGGUCCCACGCUACAUCCGGGUCAACACCCUGAAGACUUGUGUGGACGAUGUGAUCGAGUUCUUCAAGCGCCAGGGAUAUGCCUAUCUGGGCAAGGCAGCCAGUGUGGAGGAGCUGAAGGCCCUUUCUGGAAAAAAAUUCUUGUUGGAUCCGCAUCUUCCGGAACUGUUGGUUUUCCCUUCACAGACAGACCUCCAUGACAACCUGCUGUAUACUACAGGACAAAUAAUUUUGCAGGACAAGGCCAGCUGCCUCCCUGCUUUCCUCCUUGGCCCUGUUGCUGGCUCCCAUGUCAUCGAUGCCUGCGCCGCCCCUGGAAACAAGACAAGCCACCUAGCUGCCAUCCUGAAGAACAAGGGGUGGUCAGUUCACGGCUUGUCUUGGGCUCUCGGCUCUGCCUUCAGACAGAUCUUUGCCUUUGAUGUGGACGCCAAGCGCAUGGCCACCAUGAACACAUUGCUGACACGGGCAGGGGUCACUGGCUGCCAGCUGGUCCAGCAAGACUUUCUGACUGUGGACCCCAGAGACCCCAAAUACAGCAGGGUAACCCACAUCCUUCUUGACCCAUCCUGCAGUGGCUCAGGGAUGGUGACACGGGGGCCAGGGGAGGAGGCGGCCCCGAAUGCUGAACGCUUGCAGGCACUGGCUGGCUUCCAGCGCCGCAUCCUCAGCCAUGCCCUGAGCUUUCCAGCUGUCCGGCGCCUUGUCUACUCCACCUGCUCCCUACACCAGGAAGAGAACGAGGAUGUGGUGCAGGCUGUACUGCAGGAGUGGGGCUCGGCCUUCAGGCUGGUGACUGCCUUCCCAUCCUGGUCUUGCCGAGGACUUGCAGCCUUCUCUGGAGCAGAGAGCUGCCUCCGUGCUUCCCCUGAAGAGACCCUCACCCAUGGCUUCUUCGUGGCUGUGCUGGAGCGGUGCAGGGAAGGGGCUGCUGACCCAAGCUCCCUGCCUGCAGCAGCCAAGGAGAACCCACAGCCAGGAAAGGGAGCAGAGCCAGGAGCAGCUCUCAAGAAGAGGAAAAAGAAAAAGCAGCGGGUGAAAGAGUGAAACACCAUUUUCUGGACAAACCCCUGCACAGCUGGGGCUGUGGGGAGCACAUACUGGCCUGAACACAAGUCAAGCUAUGUGCUGUGUAACACUGGGGACUGAGUGCCAAUGCUGGGACCAACCUGGUGCUGGGAAGGGGCAACCGCUCACCCAGGGCUGCCCCUUGCAGCCAACCCUCACCCCAGGUUUGCUCCCAAGGCAAUCCCCACUCUGCACCCUGCAGGGCUGGGGUCCUCCAGCUGGAUUAAGGGUAGUUCAUCACGUUCCCUCCCAAAAAAAAAAAAAAAAUCACUGUAGGGAUAAAGCAGAUUAAAAGUUUUUCUCCACUGUU